AUGGAGCAGCACAAACAACAAACCCUAGUGAUUCCUCUAGUCUCUCUGCUCUUCAUCUUGUUAUCAUCUCUAAAUGUUACUUUCGCGACGGCCAGCUCAGGGGAAAGCCCAUUUACGCCGAAGGCCCAUCUGAUUCGGUACUGGAACAAAGCGGUCCAAAACGACGCAGAGAAACCGUCGUUUCUGCUCUCAAAGGCCUCGCCAUUGAGCGCAGUCGACUCGGCGGCUUUUGCACAACUCGCAGCUCAAAACGCUCUCUCGACUCGGCUGCAGGAGUUCUGUUCCUCCGCCAACCUCCUCUGCUUCCCCGAUGUGGGCCAGAGCCUCGAAAAUCAUGACGGCGACACGAACUUCACCGCCUACUCGACUAAGAACUUCACAAACUACGGGACGGCUCGAUGGGCAGGAGUCGACUCGUUCAAGAACUACUCAGUCGGCGACACUUCGCAAGUCGACUCAUUCAGGCGCUACAGCCGCGACUCAGUCAACCACACGGACGAUUUCAACAGCUACGGCCCGGAAGCCAACCUGGUGGACCAGAGCUUCAACAACUACGCCACCGGAGCCAUAGCAGGAACCGGGGAGUUCAAAAACUACGCCGACUCGGUGAACGUUCCCAACCUCCGAUUCAACUCGUACUCGGAUGAUUCCACUGGGCGGGCCCACGCCUUCACUGCCUACAGUGAGAACGCCAACGCCGGCGAUCAAUCAUUUACAAGCUACUCCAAACACGGAAACGGGGCCCCGAACGAGUUCACAGGCUACGGCACCGAGGCGAAUUCCGUCGGGUCCGGGUUCACGGGUUACAGCGAGGCGGUGAAUGGCGCCGAUGACAAGUUCAAUAAUUACGGAAACCACCAGAACAAUCCGCAGAACAAGUUCAAGAGCUACGGCGACAGCGGCAAUGCGGCAGUGGAGACUUUCACCAGCUACAGAGACAGUGCCAACGUGGGUGACGACUCGUUUCAGUCGUACGCCAAGAACUCCGAAGGCGAGAAGGUCAAUUUCAUCAAUUACGGCAAGUCGUUCGAAGUCGGGUCGGAUAAGUUUACCGGGUACGGUAAGGGUGCCCAUGGAGAGUCUGUCGGGUUCAAGAUCUACGGUGUGAACAAUUCUUUCUCAGACUACUCAAAGAAUGAGAGCAUAACGUUCAAAGGCUACACAAAACUCAGUGGCAGUUUGGUAAAAAGGACGGUUGAGCCGGGCAAAUUCUUCCGGGAGUCCAUGCUCAAGAAGGGGAUAGUGAUGCCCAUGCCUAAUAUCCAAGAUAAGAUGCCCAAAAGGUCGUUUUUGCCCCGGUUCAUUUCUUCAAAAUUACCUUUUGCCACAUCCAAAAUUUACGAGCUGAAGCGAAUUUUCCAGGCGCCUGAUAACUCCACCAUGGAGAAGAUCAUGCUGGACGCCUUGGAAGAAUGCGAGAGAGCUCCGAGCGCUGGCGAGACAAAACGCUGCGUUGCGUCGGCUGAAGAUAUGAUCGACUUUGCAACCUCAGUUCUAGGCACAAACGUCGUCGUUCGCACCACGGACAACGUCAACGGAUCAAGCGAGGACGUUUUGAUUGGAUCGGUCAAAGGAAUCAACGGCGGAAAUGUCACGAAGUCUGUGUCUUGCCAUCAGAGCUUGUUUCCUUACCUAGUGUAUUACUGCCACUCUGUUCCUAAAGUUCGGGUUUACGAAGCAGAUCUCUUGGACCCGAUUUCCAAGGCAAAGAUUAAUCAUGGAGUUGCCAUCUGUCAUUUAGACACGUCAGCUUGGAGUCCAACACAUGGGGCUUUUGUUGCUUUGGGUUCAGGUCCCGGUCGGAUUGAGGUGUGCCACUGGAUUUUCCAAAAUGAUAUGACUUGGGCUGUGGCUGACUGA